AAAAAAUAUAAUAUCCUCCACCUCACUUGUACACAGUCUACACACAAUCCAGUACUAAUUCAACCACUCUCAUUCAAUAAAAGUGUGGCUUAUUUUAUAUGUUUAUCUGAUUCUUGCCAAUUAACCCUCCAGUUUUCUUGGCUCUCUCUGUCUUUCAUCUUGUUGCAGCAAUGGAGAAUGUUGGAAGCACAGAAAGUCCUCUUCUUGGCAACCAUAAAAAAUCAAAGGUUAUUUCUUGGGGUAAAGCUGUCUUUUCACUUCUUGCAUUACUAACUAUUACAGGCCUUGCUUUUGGGAGCAGAAAGACUUCUUGGUUUGUAACUACAGAGCAAAGGUUCAAUGGAAAAGCGCAAUUUGAUAACCCGGAGAUUGUGGAGUCAGACAGAGGAGUUGUUGCAGCUGAUGAUGGCCGCUGCUCAAACGUUGGAGUAUUUAUGCUACGACAGGGAGGCCACGCAGUCGAUGCUGCUGUUGCAACUGCAUUGUGUGUAGGAGUAGUAAAUCCCAUGGCUAGCGGGAUAGGAGGUGGCGCUUUCAUGGUUGUCAGGUCUGCAUCAACCUCUGAAGCUCUAGCAUUUGAUAUGAGAGAAACUGCUCCUUCAUCUGCUUCUGAGAACAUGUACAAAAAUGAUCCUGGGGCAAAGAAUUUAGGCCCCUUGUCGAUGGGUGUACCAGGUGAGUUGGCAGGUCUUCACGAAGCGUGGAAGAAGUAUGGACGGCUUUCAUGGAGAAUACUAUUCCAACCUUCUAUACAGCUUGCCAAAAAUGGCUUCGAGGUUCUUCCCUAUCUAGGAAACGACAUCUUAAAACAUGAGGAGAAGAUUAAGGCUGAUCCUGGCUUAAGAGAAGUGUUUGCACCAAAUGGGAGGCUCUUACAGACAGGAGACAUAUGCUACAAUGUAAAGCUUGCAGAUAGCUUACAGGCAAUAGCAGAACAUGGGCCACAAGCCUUCUACAAUGGCAUGGUUGGGGAGAAGUUAGUGAGGGAUGUGCGAGAGGCAGGCGGGAUUCUGACAAUGGAGGAUCUAAGGAAUUACAAAGUGAAAGUAACCGAUGCUUUGGCAGUUGAUGUAAUGGGGUUCGAACUUCUGGGAAUGCCCCCUCCUUCAAGUGGAACCCUGGGAAUUGCCAUGAUUUUAAACAUACUAAACAAGUAUGGGAGCGCCAAUGCUAUUAAAGGAUCGUUAGGGUUACAUAGAUUGAUUGAGGCAAUGAAGCAUAUGUUUGCCAUCAGAAUGAACUUGGGUGAUCCUGCUUUUGUUAACGUUACUAAGUAUAUGUCCGACAUGACUUCCCCAUCUUUUGCAGAGGAAAUUUGGCACAAGAUAUAUGAUAACACAACUUUCCCUCCUGAAUACUAUCUGAGCAGGUGGUCUCAGCUACAAGAUCAUGGAACGAGUCAUUUCUGCAUUGUCGAUGCAGAGAGAAAUGCAGUGUCUGUAACAACAACAGUGAACUAUCCAUUUGGAGGCGGAGUGCUGUCCCCUUCUACUGGCAUUGUGUUGAAUGACGAGAUGGAUGAUUUCUCAACUCCUACAGAAGUAAGUCCUGACAAUCUUCCUCCUGCUCCUGCAAAUUUCAUACAACCAGGAAAAAGGCCCUUGUCUUCUAUGACUCCUCUUGUUAUUCUCAAGGAUGAUCAGUUGGCUGGAGUCAUUGGUGGUAGUGGUGGGAUGAAAAUAAUUCCAGCAGUAGUCCAGGUUUUUCUUAACCAUUUUGUUCAGGGAAUGGACCCUCUCACUGCUGUUCAAAGUCCAAGAGUGUAUCAUGAGCUGAUUCCGAAUGUAGUCUCAUACGAGAACGUGACAGUGAUUGAUGGGGAGCACAUUGAACUUUCACAAGAAAAAAUGGCUUUCUUGGAAGAGAAAGGUCACCAAUUGAAGCGUAUAGGAAUUGGAGCAAUUUGCCAGCUUAUUGUUCAGACAUUUGAAAAUCCAGUUGAUCUAGGCAGGAAAACUAGAAAGAAUCAUAUUGGUAAUGCAAAUAUUGGUACUCUCAUUGCAGUAAGUGAUCCCAGAAAAGAUGGAAGGCCUGCAGGCAUCUAAAUUUGUGCAUAUGUGAUUCUUGCUUAAAGUUAAAUAUCAUCUACAUUCGCCAUAUCUAUCACGAAGCUAAUAGGGCCGCAGAUAGGCUCGCCUCUUUCGCUCAUCAAGGCCCGGACCACACAUAGAUUAGCUUAUUUUACUGAUUCUCAUUAUCUUAUAAUUCUAGAUAAAAUAGGUUACCACCUUGAGAGAUUGCAAUCCUACUUCCUAAUUUUCUUGUUUUCUUACCUAAAGAAAAAGUGAUUGUGCUUAGAAUUUAAUAGGCUUUGUCCUCUGAUUCAUUGGAAACUUUGUUACUAUAAGAUGGAUAAUGGUAUUAGUAAGAUGCCAUUCAACUGUAAUGAAGUCGUAUUCUGCAAUUUUUAGUUAAAUCUUUAUCUUGUACAUAAGUUACCAGCAAUA